AUGGACAAGCUGCCGCCGUCCAUGCGCAAGCGUCUCUACAGCCUUCCGCAGCAGGUGGGGGCCAAGGCGUGGAUCAUGGACGAGGAAGAGGACGCCGAGGAGGAGGGGGCUGGGGGCCGCCAGGACCCCAGCCGCAGGAGCAUCCGGCUGCGGCCGCUGCCCUCGCCCUCACCCUCGGCGGCCGCGGGCGGCACGGAGCCCCGGGGCGCGGCCCUCGGGGCGGCGGACGGCGAGGGGCCGGCCCGCGGCGCGGGCAAGUCCAGCACCAACGGCGACUGCAGGCGCUUCCGCGGGAGUCUGGCCUCGCUGGGCAGCCGGGGCGGCGGCGGCGGCGCCGGAGCGGGGGGCGGCAGCAGUCACGGGCACCUGCAUGACUCCGCGGAGGAGCGGCGGCUCAUCGCCGAGGGCGACGCGUCCCCCGGAGAGGACAGGACGCCCCCGGGCCUGGCGGCCGAGCCAGAGCGCCCCGGCGCCUCGGCUCAGCCCGCAGCCUCGCCGCCGCCGCCCCAGCAGCCGCCGCAGCCGGCCUCCGUCUCCUGCGAGCAGCCCUCGGUGGACACCGCUAUCAAAGUGGAGGGAGGCGCGGCCGCCGGCGACCAGAUCCUCCCCGAGGCCGAGGUGCGCCUGGGCCAGGCCGGCUUCAUGCAGCGCCAGUUCGGAGCAAUGCUCCAGCCCGGGGUCAACAAAUUCUCCCUGAGGAUGUUUGGCAGCCAGAAAGCCGUGGAGCGCGAGCAGGAGAGGGUGAAGUCGGCCGGAUUUUGGAUUAUCCACCCCUACAGCGACUUCAGAUUUUACUGGGACCUGACCAUGCUGCUGCUGAUGGUCGGAAACCUAAUCAUCAUUCCCGUGGGCAUCACCUUCUUCAAGGAUGAGAACACCACACCCUGGAUCGUCUUCAAUGUGGUGUCGGACACAUUCUUCCUCAUCGACUUGGUCCUCAACUUCCGCACAGGGAUCGUGGUGGAGGACAACACCGAGAUCAUCCUGGACCCACAGCGGAUUAAGAUGAAGUACCUCAAAAGCUGGUUUGUGGUGGAUUUCAUCUCCUCUAUCCCUGUGGACUACAUUUUCCUCAUCGUAGAGACACGCAUUGACUCAGAGGUCUACAAGACCGCCCGGGCCUUGCGCAUCGUCCGCUUUACCAAGAUCCUCAGCCUCCUGCGCCUCUUGCGUCUCUCCCGCCUCAUUCGAUACAUUCACCAGUGGGAAGAGAUCUUCCACAUGACCUACGACCUGGCGAGUGCCGUGGUGCGCAUAGUGAACCUCAUCGGCAUGAUGCUCCUGCUCUGCCACUGGGACGGCUGCCUGCAGUUCUUGGUGCCCAUGCUGCAGGACUUCCCCGACGACUGCUGGGUGUCUAUCAACAACAUGGUGAACAACUCCUGGGGAAAGCAGUAUUCCUAUGCCCUCUUCAAGGCCAUGAGCCACAUGCUGUGCAUCGGGUAUGGACGGCAGGCACCUGUGGGCAUGUCGGAUGUCUGGCUCACCAUGCUCAGCAUGAUUGUGGGCGCCACGUGCUAUGCCAUGUUCAUCGGCCACGCCACCGCCCUGAUCCAGUCCCUGGACUCCUCCCGGCGCCAGUACCAGGAAAAGUACAAGCAGGUGGAGCAGUACAUGUCCUUCCACAAGCUCCCGCCCGACACGCGGCAGCGCAUCCACGACUACUAUGAGCACCGCUACCAGGGCAAGAUGUUCGACGAGGAGAGCAUCCUGGGCGAGCUGAGCGAGCCGCUGAGGGAGGAGAUCAUCAACUUCAACUGCCGGAAGCUGGUGGCCUCCAUGCCUCUGUUUGCCAAUGCGGACCCCAACUUCGUGACCUCCAUGCUGACCAAGCUGCGCUUCGAGGUCUUCCAGCCUGGGGACUACAUCAUCCGUGAAGGCACCAUUGGCAAGAAGAUGUACUUCAUCCAGCACGGCGUGGUCAGUGUGCUCACCAAGGGCAACAAGGAGACCAAGUUGGCAGACGGCUCCUACUUUGGAGAGAUCUGCUUGCUGACUCGGGGUCGGCGCACGGCCAGCGUGAGGGCCGACACCUACUGUCGCCUCUACUCGCUGAGCGUGGACAACUUCAACGAGGUGCUGGAGGAGUACCCCAUGAUGCGGCGGGCCUUCGAGACGGUGGCGCUGGACCGCCUCGACCGCAUUGGCAAGAAGAACUCCAUCCUCCUCCACAAAGUCCAGCACGACCUCAACUCAGGCGUCUUCAACUACCAGGAGAACGAGAUCAUCCAGCAGAUCGUGCAGCAUGACCGCGAGAUGGCCCACUGCGCUCACCGCGUCCAGGCCGCCGCCUCGGCCACCCCGACGCCCACGCCGGUCAUCUGGACCCCGCUGAUCCAGGCGCCGCUGCAGGCCGCCGCGGCCACCACCUCGGUGGCCAUCGCGCUCACCCACCACCCCCGCCUGCCCGCCGCCAUCUUCCGCCCUCCCCCCGGCCCCGGGCUAGGCGGCCUCGGGGCGGGGCAGACGCCCAGGCACCUGAAGCGGCUGCAGUCCCUGAUCCCGUCGGCGCUGGGCUCCGCCUCGCCCGCCAGCAGCCCGUCGCAGGUGGACACGCCGUCUUCCUCCUCCUUCCACAUCCAGCAGCUGGCCGGCUUCUCCGCGCCCGCCGGCCUGAGCCCGCUCCUGCCCUCGUCCGGCUCCUCCCCGCCGCCCGGGCUCGGCGGCUCAUCCCCGGCUCCCACGCCCUCUGCCUCCGGCCCUGCCGCCGCGGCCGCCGGCUUCGGCCACUUCCACAAGGCGCUGGGCGGCUCCCUGUCCUCGUCCGACUCUCCGCUGCUCACGCCGCUGCAGCCCGGCGCCCGCUCGCCGCAGGCCAACCAGCCGCCGCCCCCCCUGCCCGGGGCGCGGGGGGGCCUGGGACUCCUGGAGCACUUCCUGCCGCCCCCGCCCUCCUCCCGGUCCCCGUCGGCCAGCCCCGGGCAGCUGGGCCAGCCUCCCGGGGAGCUGGCCGCCGGCCCGCCAAGUACGCCAGAGACGCCCCCGCGGCAACCUGAGCUGCCGUCCUUCGUGGCGGGGGCCCCCGGGGGGGCUUCUCCCGUAGCCUUUCCCCCCCGCGGAGGUCUCAGCCCGCCGGGCCACAGCCCCGGCCCCCCAAGAACUUUCCCAAGUGCCCCCCCUCGGGCCUCCGGCUCCCACGGUUCCUUGCUCCUGCCGCCCGCCUCCAGCCCCCCGGCCCCCCAGGUCCCCCAGCGCCGGGGCACGCCACCGCUCACCCCGGGCCGCCUCACCCAGGACCUCAAGCUCAUCUCAGCCUCCCAGCCGGCCCUGCCCCAGGACGGGGCGCAGACUCUCCGCAGAGCCUCUCCGCACUCCUCGGGGGAGUCCGUGGCCGCCUUCCCAAUCGUCCCCAGAGCUGGCGGCGCUAGCGGGGGCAGCGGGGGCCUCGGUCCCCCGGGGAGGCCCUAUGGUGCCCUCCCCGGCCAGCAUGUCACUCUGCCUCGGAAGACAUCCUCAGGUUCUUUGCCACCCCCUCUUUCUUUGUUUGGGGCAAGAGCCGCCUCUUCUGGGGGGCCCCCUCUGACUGCUGCCCCCCAGAGGGAACCUGGGGCCAGGGCUGAGCCAGUGCGCUCCAAACUGCCGUCCAAUCUAUGA